AAAAAAUCACGUAAAAAAAUAAAUCAUGGUGUUAGGGGGCAUACUAAUGGCGGGUGCAUCGCUCACGGCAAGUGUCCUACUUAUACAAGUAGCUGUGUUACCACUCGUUUUUAGAUAUAGCAAGUGCGUGCAAAGGAAAAUGGUUUUUACUAACUGCAUAAAUUACCCAAGGAACUUGGAUUAUAACAACCCAUCAAGCUGUAAUAUUAUCGGAGCGAGGAAUUUUACAGUGGAAUUUCAAUCGAAAAUUAACAAUUGUAAAAUAUGUCUAGGCGUAUGGCAUAUAGUACCAUGCUCUCUCUUCAAGGAGAUAUUCGUGGUCCGAAAGCAUUUGGAUUCGAACGCGAGACUUAUGAACGAGCUUAGACAGACUCAGAACACUGUGGUUCUUUACUGUCAUGGUAACUGCAACCACAGAGCGUCACCGCACCGCCUUAAUUUAUACAAAGUAUUUCAAGAAUUAAACUUUCAUGUCAUCACAUUUGAUUAUAGAGGUUACGGAGAUUCAACAAACGUGCAGCCGACAGAGCGCGGCGUGGUGGAGGAUACCCUCCACGUAUAUUCUUGGAUACUUAGGUCUAUCAGUCGCACGCACAGACCUAUGGUGGUAAUUUGGGGACAUUCUUUAGGUACAGCAGUAGCAGCUCAUUUGGUGGCGCAUUUGUCUCAGUUAUGUGGUAAUAUGGGACAUGGUACUAUGCCACAACCCAGUGCUCUCAUCCUGGAGGCUCCUUUUAACAACUUGAUCGAGGAAAUCGAGAGUCAUCCCUUUUCUAAGUUGGUGUCCUGGCUACCGUACUACAAGGCGACAUUCCUGAAGCCAUUCGCAGUGUCUUCAGAAUACGCGUUCACCACAGACCAGUACUUGAUGUUGGCACCGCAAGUACCCAUCCUCAUACUGCACUCCAGGAGCGACAGGAUCGUACCUUAUGAGCUGGCUGUAAAGUUGUACACCAGCACAGUAGCUAGCAGGCGAGAAGCGAAAUCACAGGCCCCAGUUGUACUGCACGGCUUCGAGCGCGGUCAGGGCCUCGGCCACAACAAUCUCUGUCAGGCGCCCGAUCUUCCAGACGUUGUCAGGUAUACGACAACUAUGUUAACAAAUAACUGCCACACGUCUUCUCUCGUUCGCGGACUAGGUAAAACUAACGUAGGAAUAAACUAA